CGUUGUCCCUGGCGUGUGGUUGUUUACCCUUGCUCUGCCGCACCGGCCAUGUUGGAGGCCAGGAGGAGCCAGGCGAAUCCCUCACACGUGUUGGUGCUCAGGAACGUGCUGUGUGUCGUGCUCGGCGUGGGUGUGCUGUGGUCCCUCGUGCACUCCGGGUACGAGCUCACCGCCUGCCUGCACGCCCUGCGAGUGUACAGCCUGCUGGUGGUGGCGCUGGAGGGCGUGUGCCGCUACGCCUCCGCCCCCGCCGCCCUGCCCGACGCCUCCAAGGGAAGGACCAAGAGGCAGGCCAGGAUUGUUGAAAUCCUCUCAGUGGUGGGUCAGAGUAUCUGUUCUGUGCUUCUGACACAUGUGGUUGCUGUGCUCUUUGGAGCUUAUGUGAUAGAGAAUUUUGAGGCAACUUUUACCCUGAGUCUUCUGGUGGCAAGUUUAGCAUUCAUCAGACCUCUCAUUUUCCUUGGACGCUCUGCCUUUAUAAGUCUCCUGGAAAGACAAAACACUGAGAGUGAGAGUGAAGUGAAGACCUUUGCUGUGCUGGUGGCAGCCUGGGCAGGAGCCUUCCCGAUACCCCUCGACUGGGACCGGCCUUGGCAGGUGUGGCCUCUUACCUGCAGCAUUGGGGCGAUUCUUGGCGAACUUGGAGCUUCUCUGUACCUCCUUGUAACACAGUUUAGCAACGGAGGCCUCCAGUGGAAGAACAAAGCAAGAUAGACAAUCACCUGGCCUCACUGGAAGAGUAGAACAAACACCUCCACUGGAAGAUUUAAUUAAGAACACAAGGCAAAGUUAAUUGACAUCCAUAAGGGAGCUCUUCAAUCUUUCAGGGCCCCAGACUACAGAACCUUCAUGAACAGUGU